GCACACCUCCAGCGCGCACGGACUGGUCACUCUGCAAGGACAGGUCGAGGUGUGACUGGUGUGACUGGUGGGACUGGUGUGACUGGUGUGACUGGCGCUCGUAGUAGUGACAGUGCAUCUAACGCACAUUGCGGUGAAAGUACCCGAACACUGCGUUAUUCCCGCACACAGGGAACAAGGAGAUCAGGAGACCCAGCAGGCAUCAGAUCAGAAAAUGAGCCUUUGAACGCCAGCCUCAAACAUGUCCAACAAUCAGACAGAUCCUGCAAACUCAGUGGAGAGAGAGAAGAAAGACAUGAGAGUGAAUGAGAAAAAAUGCUCUUGGGCAUCCUAUAUGACCAAUUCACCAACACUUAUUGUGAUGAUCGGGCUACCGGCCAGGGGCAAAACUUACAUGUCAAAAAAACUCACACGUUAUCUUAACUGGAUUGGUGUCCCCACUAAAGUAUUUAAUUUGGGCGUUUAUCGUAGAGAGGCUGUUCGAGCUUAUAAGUCCUAUGAUUUCUUUCGCCAUGACAAUGAGGAAGCCAUGAGGAUACGAAAACAGUGUGCACUGAUAGCUUUACGGGAUGUGAAGGCUUACCUAACAGAAGAGGGGGGUCAGAUUGCAGUUUUUGAUGCAACAAACACAACAAGAGAACGCAGAGACCUGAUUCAAGCAUUCAUUAAAGAAAAUUCUUUCAAGGUGUUCUUUGUGGAGUCCGUGUGUGACGACCCGGAGGUUAUUGCUGCUAAUAUUUUGGAAGUGAAAGUGUCAAGUCCAGACUACCCUGAACGACACCGGGAACGAGUGAUGGAUGACUUUCUCAAAAGAAUUGAAUGUUAUGAAGUGACAUACCAGCCAUUAGAUCCAGAUGACUAUGACAAGGACCUGUCUUUUAUCAAAGUGAUGAAUGUUGGUCAGCGGUUCCUGGUGAACCGGGUGCAGGACUACAUCCAGAGUAAGAUUGUGUACUACCUCAUGAACAUCCGAGUGCACUCCCACUGCAUCUACCUAUGCAGGCACGGAGAGAGCUGCCACAACAUGGAGGGCAGGAUUGGAGGGGAUUCUGAACUGUCGCUGCGGGGAAAACAGUUUGCCCAUGCUUUGCGUGACUUCAUUGAAGAACAGAGGUUGACUGAUUUGAAGGUUUGGACGAGCCAGCUGAGGCGAACCAUACAAACAGCAGAGGAGUUGGGGGUGCCUUAUGAACAAUGGAAGAUACUUAAUGAAAUUGAUGCUGGUGUAUGUGAGGAAAUGACCUAUGAGAUGAUCCAGCAAACAUUCCCAGAGGAGUUUGCUUUGAGGGACCAGGACAAGUACCAUUAUCGCUACCCAGGCGGAGAGUCCUACCAAGAUCUGGUGCAGCGACUGGAGCCUGUCAUCAUGGAGCUGGAGAGACAGGGCAAUGUGUUGGUCAUCUGCCACCAAGCUGUGAUGCGUUGUCUGCUUGCAUACUUCCUGGAUAAAAGUGCAGAAGAUCUACCUUACAUGAAAUGCCCAUUGCAUACAGUUCUAAAGCUCACUCCUGUUGCCUAUGGUUGCAAAGUGGAAAUGUUUCACUUAAACGUGGAGGCGGUCAACACACACCGCGAUCGACCCCUUUGGUAUCUCACUUUCUACCAGGGUACUAUGCCGAGGGACUCUCUCAUUCAUCGAAGGAAUAGUUACACCCCCUUGUCCAGUUACAACCAGGUCAAGCGUCCCAGGCUCUACAGUGCAGGGAAUCAACCCUGGCUGCCCCUGGCUCCCACUCCUGCCGCCCUGAUGCCAGAGGGACGGCCAAGCCAAACUUGGAUUGGAAGCUCUUGUGUGAAUGCCUGUCUGAAGGAGCCGACACUGACAGCCCAGAAGAAGCUAGUGAAGGUGUCUGCUUCUGAUUGAAGAGGACUGAUGCCAUAGAAUGUUAUAAACUCCAUUUUAUUCAUUAAUGCACUAAACAGUAUUUAUCUGCUUCUGCACUAAAAAUAGGAACAAACUGAAAUCUUGUGAACACUAUUCUUUAUCACUUAUCAUUUUCUUGUUCUGAAUGUUAUGCAGUUUUUUGUGAAAAGUACUAUUUAUAGAGCCUGCAGUGACUCAAACCUUUUCUUAAAACAAUUAAAACCCCCAAAACAAAACAUGUUAAAUUAUAUUCUACUGCUUGUAUGCAUAAUUAUUUGGUCUAAAAUUAUACCUUGUAUUGUUUCACUGUCUUAUCAAAAUUUAAUCCUGUCCUUCAUGUACUUGCUAGUGGUUGUUCGCACAGGGUAGGGGGCUGCAUUUUCAAGGACUAGGGGACAGGUGAUAAGAGACAGCCAGAUGUGCCUUUGGGACUAAUUUGAUUAUAUGAACGUAUAUGCAUGUAAACAAGCUCUAAACUUAAAUUUGCACAAUGUAAUACCUAGUAUCAUACAAAAUGUGCUAUUAAAUAAAAUCACCAAA